GGCGGCGGGCGCGGCGGGGCCGGGCCGGGCCGGGCCGGGCCGAGCGGAGCGGAGCGGUCCCGUCCCGUCCCGUCCCGUCCGGGCCGCUCCGGGCCGCGGCGGCGCCAUGACGCUCGCCGUCUUCUUCGGGUGCACCUUCAUCGCCUUCGGGCCGGCGCUCGGCCUCUUCCUCUUCACCAUCGCCCGCGACCCGCUGCGCAUCAUCAUCCUCAUCGCCGGGGCUUUUUUCUGGCUGGUCUCACUGCUGCUCUCCUCCCUGAUCUGGUUUAUCGCUGUAAAAGCCAGUGACCCCAAUGAUGAACCAUUGCAGAAGGGGCUCUUGAUAUUUGGGGUGAUGUUUUCUGUGCUGCUGCAGGAGGCCUUCCGGUUUCUGUACUACAAACUGCUCAGGAAGGCUAUUGAAGGGCUGGUGGCCCUCAGCGAAGAUGGCUGCUCCCCGAUUUCCAUCCAGCAAAUGGCAUAUGUGGCUGGUGUGGGCUUUGGGCUCAUGAGCGGUGCCUUCUCCAUGAUCAAUCUCCUGGCAGACGCACUAGGGCCUGGCACUGUGGGGAUCUAUGGGGACUCACAGCUCUACUUCCUGACCUCAGCCUUUAUGACCAUGGUGCUGAUUUUCCUUCACACCUUCUGGGGAAUCCUCUUUUUCCACGGCUGUGAGAACCGGCGCUGGUGGGAGAUUGCGGCUGUCGUUGUCAUGCACCUUGCUGUUUCGGGAUCAACGUUUUGCAACCCCUUGUACGUGGGCAGCCUGGUGCCCUCCUAUGUGCUGAUGGCUAUCGCCGCCACCUGGGCUUACCUGCUCUCAGGGGGAUCUGCCCAGAACGUGCGUCGUUUCCUGCUCUGUUUACAGAGUGGAGGCAGCCCCCAGCCAGGAUCCUGAGGCCCUGUAGGAUGUUCCUGUCCCCAGCUGCCCCUUGCCCUCCCCUCCGUUCUGUCGGCGAGAGUGGCCGUCACCUUCUCUGCAAUAUAUUUUCUCCUGGAAUGGCGGACACCGGCCAGGCCCUGCAGGGCAGGCGCUCCGGUCCCGCUGCAGCAGCCAGCAGAUCGUCAUCGCCGGGGCUGGUUCGCUCCUCUGCCCCUUUGGGAGCCCCCCACGGAACAACCCUCUUUGGGGGACUCGGCUUUGCUGGCCCUGUCAUGCUGCAACUGAAGGCCCUGGGAAAGAUGUUACCUUGGACUGCCUGAGGCCAAGAAACCCAUUGCUUCUGCCCCCUCCACAGAAGAUGUGCUGUCCCCAGUGCUGGAGGAAAACGCUCCUCCUCCUCCCCUGGGGUGGAGGAAGCAGCCUUGCAGAACACUGUCAUGCCCUGGGCUGGGGCCAAAUGCUGUGGUGCUACUUUCCCCACCUCUUUGCCCAGGCUUGCUGCGCUGGGAGAUGUGGCCCUGGUGCUGGACUGCGGUAGCUGCAGUGAGCUGACAUCCCAGCAUGGGUAGCAAAAGGGCAGGGGAGGAUGGUGGUAAGGUGCAGGGCACCGCUGGCGUAGGGGGUAGGAGGGAGCUGAAGCUACCUGGGGCAGGAGGAGGGUUUGGGCAGAUGGUUCCUGCAAUGUCUGGCAAACGUGGACCUGGCUGCAGAGUGGCUGAGGGCUCAGGCUCAGGUGCUAGCACAGCUUGGGGUUGGGGUGGGAAGGGGAGGUCAGGGGACCAUUCCAGUGGGAUCAUUGCCCUCUCCUAGGGUUGGAGGGGGAUUUUUUUCAGAUGGGCAUCAGCCCUGAGGAUGUGCUACAGGACUGGGAGGUAGAAAUUGCCAUCAGGCUCAGGGCUGAGAAUGUGGUUUUGUCCACAGUGGGCUUUUAUACCAAUAAAGAAAAGUACCAUACGUGACUGGA